AUGCUCAUGAGGAAAGUGCCCGGCUUCGUCCCGGCCUCCUCGUGGGGGCUGCGGCUGCCGCAGAAGUUCCUCUUUCUUCUCUUCCUUUCUGGCCUGGUCACCCUGUGCUUCGGAGCCCUCUUCCUGCUGCCCCACUCUUCUCGCCUCAAGCGCCUCUUCCUGGCCCCCCAGACCCAGCAGCCCGGCCUGGAGGUGGUGGCCGAUAUCGCUGACCACCCUCUGGUGCGAGAGCAGGAGCCAGCUCCCAACCCAGCUCCUGCCGCGCCAGCCCCGGGCGAGGACGACUCCUCCAACCGGGCCAGUCACCCCCGCAGGACUGGGUGGCCGCGGCGCACCCGCCCCACCGGGUCCCGGGAGGAAGCUACAGCGGUUCGGAACAACGUUAUCGCAGCGCUCAGGGCCCCAGGGAGAGUCGCCCCGUUUACCUUUGACUUCAAUGCAUUCCGGAGUCGUCUGCGCCACCCUGUGCUGGGGACGAGGCCCGACGAGAGUAAGGAGUCCCAGAGCCGAGUGCGAGCCCAGCGGGAGAAAAUUAAGGAGAUGAUGCAGUUUGCCUGGCAAAGCUACAAGCGGUACGCAAUGGGGACAAAUGAGCUCCGUCCGCUAACAAAAGACGGCUCCGAAGGAAACAUAUUUGGAGGGCUCAGUGGGGCGACCAUCAUUGAUUCCCUCGACACCCUCUACCUCAUGGAGCUGAAGGAGGAGUUCCAGGAAGCCAAAGCCUGGGUUGAAGAGAGCUUCCACCUAAAUGUGAGCGGAGAAGCAUCCUUGUUUGAGGUGAAUAUCCGCUACGUUGGAGGACUCCUCUCAGCCUUCUACCUGACAGGAGAAGAGGUGUUCCGAAUAAAGGCCAUCAAGCUGGGAGAAAAACUCCUGCCCGCCUUCAACACCCCCACCGGGAUCCCAAAGGGCAUCGUCAACUUCAAAAGCGGCUCCAAUGGAAACUGGGGCUGGGCGACGGCUGGAAGCAGCAGUAUCCUGGCAGAGUUUGGAUCCCUGCACCUGGAGUUCAUACACCUCACCGAGCUCUCUGGCAACCCAAUCUUCAUGGAAAAGGUCAGGAACAUCCGCAAGGUCCUCAGGAAGAUCGAAAAGCCCUUCGGCCUGUACCCCAACUUCCUCAGCCCAGUGAGCGGGAACUGGGUGCAACACCACGUCUCGAUUGGAGGACUCGGGGACAGUUUUUAUGAAUAUUUGAUCAAAUCCUGGUUGAUGUCAGCCAAGACAGACAUAGAGGCUAAAAAUAUGUACUACGAAGCCUUGGAGGCAAUAGAAACCUACUUGCUGAAUGUCUCCCCUGGGGGGCUGACCUACAUUGCCGAGUGGCGAGGGGGUGUUCUGGACCACAAGAUGGGGCACCUGGCCUGUUUCUCAGGGGGCAUGAUCUCACUUGGCGCUGAGGAUGCCAAGAAAGAAAAGAGGGCCCACUACCGAGAGCUCGCAGCCCAGAUCACCAAGACGUGCCACGAAUCGUACGCCCGCUCAGAUACCAAGCUGGGCCCCGAGGCCUUCUGGUUUAACUCCGGCAGAGAGGCGAUGGCCACCCAGCUGAGCGAGAGCUACUACAUACUGCGGCCCGAGGUGGUCGAGAGCUACAUGUACCUGUGGCGGCAGACCCACGACCCCAUCUACAGGGAGUGGGGCUGGGAAGUGGUAUUGGCCUUGGAGAAAUACUGUCGGACGGAAGGCGGCUUCUCGGGGAUCCAGGAUGUCUACAGCAGCAUGCCCAACCACGACAACAAGCAGCAGAGUUUCUUCCUCGCAGAGACAUUGAAGUAUCUCUAUCUUCUGUUCUCUGAAGAUGAUGUGCUCUCCCUGGAAGACUGGGUGUUCAACACGGAGGCGCACCCGCUGCCAGUGAACCACACAAACAGUGCCAGCAGGGCCUGGGGCAGACACUGA